CGCUUCCCGCCGGUAGACGCUGUACACAAAAACGAACGAGAAACUGUGACGCAAAGCCUUUUCUUUGAAAACAUUGUCGGAGUUGAGGAAGUAAGUGAGCAAAGUGAGAUGGAGACAGGGCAGGCUGGAGAAAUAGGUUAACGUUACACAUUAUUGACACAGUAACGUUUCAUUAGCCCGUAAAGUAACAGAAAUAACGGAUAAUUAAAGGUCACUAACGUCGCUGUAAGGGUCAUCAGAUGUGUAAUUUUAGCUAACAUUAACGUCAAUAUGGUGAAGCUAUUAGCUAGCUUCUUUGUUACGCCAAAUUCAAGCAGGAAACAUGUCUAACAACAUAUUCGUCGCUUCUCAUGACAGUUAUUUAUCUCUGUGUGGCUUUAAUGACAGUGGACAUGUCCAAACGUGUUCUGCGUUCGUACACAUCAUGCAGAAAGAAAACCUGGGGUCAGUACUGGACCUGUUGGCUACUGUUAGCCGUCUAGUGUAAUAAACUGUGGUUUGAAUGGAGAGAAGCAGCGAGGAAGGGGUAGCUCCUGAUGAAGAGGAUGGAGACCAGGCAGCCAGAUGGAUUAUGACGCCAGACAGGUCGGAGGAUGAAGGGGUGGAAGUGACACCUGCAUGUAACCCAUCAAAGACCGCAUCCCAAGGUGGAGGACCAGACCUUUCUAGGGACAUUUUGGCUAUUAGGCCCUGGGAAGGACUUGUAUACCAGGAUCAGGAGGAACCAGAGAGAAAGACUGGACCAAAUAUAUCAAGAGGUGUGAUGUCUGAAGGUGGAGGGGAGGUGGUGGAGCCAGAGAGAGAUGCUCCUUCUGUGUCUCCCUUCAGCCUCACAGACACCUGUGCUCCUUCCAUAUCAAGCCUCUCUUCCUACUCCUCCACCCAUCAUCAUGCCAAUUUUUCAUCAUCCUCAUCUUCCUCUUCCUUGUCUCUGACGCCACCCCUGCCUCCUUCUGUGGAGCUGUCAGCUGUGUUGACUGAUACCAAGGUGACCCUGGAUGUGUACCAGGGAGGAGCAGCUGCACUGCCGCUGCUUUGGGGGUCCAUUCCAGGGCAGCUGAAGGGCCUCCAGUACCUGAGACUUGGCUCUGAGGAUAAAGCAGGGCUGGAUGGUGCACUGGAUGUCCUACCUCAUCUGACACAGCUGUGCUCACUGGCUAUUAGAGGACACUAUUUUUAUGACUCACAAGGUGACCCCUUGCCUGGCCUCCUCACCACUUUGCCCACAUCUAUUUCCUCCCUUUCUCUUCUGGUGCACCUGGAUCUCUCCUUCAACCAGCUCUCUUUCCUGCCACCCUGCCUGCUCAGCUUGCCUAUGCUGUCCUCCUUGCUGCUCUGCCACAACCGCCUCUCAGCUUUGCCCCCUGAUAUAGGCCAGCUGUCCACCCUCACCUACCUCUCCCUCCUGGGGAACCAGCUGGUCUCUCUUCCCCCGAGUCUGGGUCAGCUGAAAGCGCUACAGACAUUGGAUAUUUCAUAUAACCACCUCCAGCAUCUACCUGAUGAAAUUGGUUAUCUGGGAGAGCUUGUUAAGCUGGAAUUGUCCCAUAACAAGCUGAAUCAGCUACCAGAGACCAUGGGCUCUCUCCUCUCUCUCAGGGAGCUUGUCAUCUACAGCAAUAACCUCCGCCUGAUCCCACAUUGUCUGAACAAACUGCCUCUGCUGAAAAUAGAUGUGCGUGACAAUCCUUUGGGAAAACCUCCAACCCCUCCUCCUCUCCCUCCUACAUCUGAUCAAGCAGAAACAACUAUUCCAGAGUUGCACCUCGGAUUCAAUCAGCACAGUUUCUGUGUUUCGUCUGCUGGGUGUCAUGUGUUUCUCCCAGGGGGGGCUGAGCUGCUGUUCCCCCCAGGGUGCCUGGAGAAAACCAAAAGACUGGAGUGGGUGGAGAGAAGGCCAGAAAGGAAGUGGGUGUGGCUGGAGGAGCAUGACAUUUUACUGAGUCGUCCGCUGGAACUGCGUCCCCAUGGAAUUACAUUUCUGAAGCCAGUGGAGGUGUGUGUGCCAUACCAUCGGACAAAAAGAAGGGAGGUGGUUGUGCGGAAGUUUGAUGGACAGUCAUGGAGCACUCUGUCCACUGUUUUGAGGAGAGGAAAUGAGAGCCACAGCAGUCACCCGGGAGGACGACCAGCCAGGCUGGCCUGCUGCUCAGUGAACCAGUUCUCCUGGUUUAUGGCAGUGUCCCGUCCAGUGAAGGACAGCUGCUCCGUUACACCAGCUGGAGCCCUUUUGGUGUCCACCUCUGACCCUGGAAUCAAGCUUCAUUUCCCUCCAGACUCCACCGUUCAGACCCGCGCUAUAACUUUACAGGUGCUGCAGGUGUCUGUGUCGGAGGUACAGGCACUGUGUGGGGAUCCUCAGGCCAGCGUCAGCCCUCUCCUCUGCCUCUCCCAAACUCCAAACAUACAUUUCCUGCAGCCUAUCAAAGUUCAGGUCCCUCUGCCAUCUGGAGUCACAGGCCACACAGUUGAUAAGUCCUGUUUGCAUCUGCUACAUGGAGACCCCACUGCCCAAACCUGGACUGACAUCACGUCCCAAGUGUCUCUCUAUGUCACCCAUUUAUAUGCCAUUUUCUACAUUACGCAUUUCUCCUGGUACUGGCUGUGGUACACCACUCAGCGCUGUGUUAGUGGGGUGGUUAGAAAGGUGUAUCAAAAGCUAAAACAGUUUAAAGUCCAGUUCUUCGUCCUCCAGCGGAAAACUGAUCCCUCACAAGUCCUGCUACAGUGUUUACCUGCUAACAAGGUGGAAGUCAGAGUGCAGUCUUUGGCAGAGCAAUAUGAAGGACCUCAGCCUUCAGACGUGUGUGACCUGCUUGAAGGAGAGCAGUUCUUCGCCGGGUUUGAGAGGGGAUUAGAUAUCAUCGCAGACAGACCAGACUGUGUGGGAGGAAGACUGCGUUUUGAAUUUUACUCCAGCCUUAAGAAUCUGAAGGAAGUGUACAUCUCUCCAGCUCAGGGACAGAAGGGGCCUGUGAGGGGACAAGUGUCUUUUUAUAGAGGGGAGAUUCCCAGCAAUCUGCCAGAGGAAGUGGCGAGAAAGAGGAAGGGGCACGACAGCCAGUGGCUUGCAACUUUACCGCUUCGACUUCCUGCUCUAAACUCAGAGAACAAUUACAUCAUGGAGGAGGUCACGUAUCCUCCUCUGAACCUGGGUGACCCUGAGAGCGGCUACCUGACAGAAGCCAACCUGCUGUCCAUCUCUCUGCAGAUUGGACAGGACUGGCGCGUUAUUGGCAUCAAUCUUGGCUUAAGCUACACGGAGCUGGACCGCAUUCAAUACAAGCACAGGGACAAUCUGGGAGCACUGGUGCUGGACAUGCUGUUCCAUUGGGCCCGUGGACAAAGCAACGCAGGUCCAGGAGCUGUGUCGAGGCUGGUGGCUGCCAUGGUAGAGAGCGGCAGGAGAGACCUGGCAGAUGAGAUUGAGGACAUUCUCAAUUUAGGAAGAAGAAAGUACACAGAGUCACUGAGAAGAGUGGGACUGGAAGCAGAGAGCCCCUCCCUCGGUGAAACACAGCAGUAGAUAAGCUCACGCUGGGUGCAGAUGGCUGACUUACACUUGAGUAACCGGUUUGUUUACAGUGUGCCCAUCAUCUCAUCCUGCUGUCUAAACAACUCCUCCUGUCCUGGAGUACAAAAUGUUUGUUUUCUUCCACAAUCAUAAUAACCAGUUAUCAGCUGGUGGCACCUUUUACUGAACCUGCAGAAGAACAGGCAAAAUGGAUGAACUGCUUGAAGAUAAUAUUUAAAUAAUAAAAUAUUAAAUAAAUAUUUAUAAAAAAAAAAAAAUCCUCACUUUCCACUUUUAAAAAACUCUCAAUAUGCAAAGCAAUUCUAUAAAAGCGAAUUUCCACCCAAGAAAAGGAAAAAAAAUUAUGAGAUACUAUGUCACAAUUAUAAAAUUGUGAAUUCAAAUUUGGAGAUUUUAAAUUAAAAUUACAAGAAUCUAAGUCACAAUUUUUGCACACUAAGUCAAAAUUUAUAUAUUUAGUCAAAACUACAAAAUACUGAGUCAACAUUUUGACUUACUAAGUAAAUAUUAUGAGAUACUGAGUAAAAAUGAAUGAAUCAAAAGUAGCUCAAAAUUUUGACUCUAACUUAAAAUUUUGAUGUAGUAUCAUAAUUUACUCGAUAUAAUUUUGAUUUAGUAAAAUCAAAAUUUUGAGUUAGUAUCUCCUUAUUUUGACUUUGUAUCUGAUCAAUUUGAAUAUCUCAUUAUUGUACCACAAGUAUCUUUAUUUUCAUCAUUCUUAAAUUUUCAUGUAUUUUUCUUUUCUUUUUUUGUCAGAAAUGCACUUCCCUCAUAUAUUUCACUGUUAGCUGUUACCAGGACAGAGCUGAGAGGCAGAACAAACACUAGAAACUGUGGGACUGUCUCACAGGUCUGAAUGACGUACAGAAAGUGCAAGCGGAGGCCAUUUUUAUGGUUGAUUGAAUUUCUUCUUUGUGUGCCUUUUGGUAACCGAGCCAACCUGUUCAGCUGCUGCACAAUUUAAGUGACAUCUCAGAAAACAAGACUUUUUAAUGUAUGAAUUUCCAUAAUUUUUAGUAAAACUAUGAUAUAAAGAAA